GGAGGGACAAUGGGAGGCUGAGUUAAAUACUCUGGUGCAUUCUUCUUCCCAUCACUCUGAGCCUCUACAGGACAUCUCCAACCUCAGCAGAGAAAGGGGAAUCUACAUGGCCAAGAUGCCAGAGCAAGUGUAAGUGUAUUCUUUUCCAGUGAACCCCUUCAUGAAAUCAAAUCAAAUCAAAUUUAUUUAUAUAGCCCUUCGUACAUCAGCUGAUAUCUCAAAGUGCUGUACAGAAACCCAGCCUAAAACCCCAAACAGCAAGCAAUGCAGGUGUAGAAGCACGGUGGCUAGGAAAAACUCCCUAGAAAUGCCAAAACCUAGGAAGGUUAGGCAGCAAGUCAGCACCUCAGGUGGACUGGGGACAGCAAGGGCUCAGCAAGUCCUCCGAGAGAGAAAAAGAAAGAGAGAAAGAGAGAGAGAGAAUUAGAGAGAGCAUACUUAAAUUCACACAGGACACCAGAUAAGACAGGAGAAGUACUCCAGAUAUAACAAACUGACCCUAGCCCCCUGACACAUAAACUACUGCAGCAUAAAUACUGGAGACUGAGACAGGAGGGGUCAGGAGACACUGUGGCCCCAUCCGAUGAUGGGCCAAACAGAGAUGGGAUGGGUCAGACAGCACAUGCCAGUUAUCUUUAGAAACACUAACAAUGACUGCCUGAUAAAUUCUGUGUGCCACAUUAGGAAGUAUUUCAAAUACUUGAUCUCUUAUGCUAAAUUAUGUUUACACUAAAAUGUGUUUUUUCUUUACAGACAAGAGGUGAGAUUUCUCUAAUUCUAUUGCAUAAAUGCCAAUGAACACGGAUUAAGUGAGACAUUAAUUCUACUGUCAAUCUAUGACUAACUUAAUCAAAUUGAUUCAUCUUUUUGAAGCGAAAGUCGAAGAUCUCGGCCUCCCGUAAGCUCAUGCUAAAGAGCUUAAUGGUGGCCAAGGCGAAGGAGGAGAUUGAGCAGGAGAUUGUGGAUAAAGAGGAGGAGAAGGAGAGGUAUCUGGCAGAGAGAGCACCCACCUUACAGACUGGUGGCAUGUCCUUUGCUGAGCUCCAGGAGUUAUGUCGGGAGUUACAUGCCAAGGUUGACGUGGUGGAUGAGGAGCGAUAUGACAUUGAAGCCAAAGUCAUGCACAACACCAGAGAGAUCAAGGACCUGAACAUCAAAGUUUUGGAUCUGAGGGGGAAGUUCAAGCGGCCCAGCCUGAGGAGGGUAAGGGUCUCUGCUGACGCCAUCUUGCGCUCCCUCCUGGGCUCCAAACACAAGGUCUCCAUGGACCUUCGGGCAAACCUCAAGUCAGUCAAGAAAGAGGACACAGAGAAGGAGAAGACAGUGGAGGUGAGUGACUGGAGGAAGAACGUGGAGGCCAUGUCUGGCAUGGAGGGAAGGAAGAAGAUGUUUGACGCAGCCAAAGGCACCCCUCAGUAGACAGAGAGGAGAAUACUCUAAAUGUUUCCUUCAUUUCUAUUCAUCCUGAACAUUCAAAAUGUGUUAAUGGUUUAAAGUCUCGUUUCAGUGGCACUACAAUGCUUGUGUUUAUUGUUUAACAAGGCUUACACAGUACGAGCUGUAUGCUGCUACAAUCACAAUGUUCUGCCUCAUCCUCACUGUUAAUAUUGACCUGAGAAGAAAUUUUAGAGUAAAUGAUAGUUCAUGCAAUUCCACUCAUUUUGACAUGAGGCAGAUAAAUAAUUUUGCAGAUUUAAAGCUUAUUUGCUUGCCUGACACCUGAAUUUAAUUAUCAAUCGCGUCAUACAUUGUCUGAGACUAGACGUCGAUUGGGCUGAUGCCAAAAUGAGGGGCGUUGUAGAAAACAAAUUCAUCGGCGAUUGGAUCAGCUCCAACCAAUCUGAGUAUCAACGUUGACAAGGUCAUCAUGCAGGGCAGUUUUGGCCCGACACUUUCUGGGACCAAUCAGAAAGGUCAGAAUGUGGUCGCAUUCUACAAGACGUCAGGGAGGAAAGCAAAUCUAGACUGAUCGUGAAGAAGAAACGCUAGUGGGUGUGACGUUUGGCCAGAGGGAUGUGGAUGGGUAGUCAGGCUACUACUGUGCUGCAAUUCUACACAUUUUGCCAUGGGGUGGAGACAACUUUUUGGUGAAUGUGAGAUAGUGAGAGCGACUGACAAAAUCAUAAACUGGUUACCAAUGUAAUUAGAGCAGUAAAAAUAAAAGUUUUGUCAUAUC